UAGCUUACGUAACGAGAACGCAUUCAUCAUCUCCUCUCAUUUUCACGUCUCCUCUCUUCAACUUUUCAACUCUUUUAAUCCUCUCUCAAACUCUACUCCAUAUAUUACCAAACAAAACUCUCUUUCGUUAAUUUCUCUCUUUUGAUCAUUUUAUAAAGAAAACAACGUAACUCUCUCACCGAUCACAACAUGCCGGGAAACUCUCUUCGCCGGGGAUCCGUCGUCGUAUUCACGGCGAUGAUCAUGAUCUCGUUGCUGACGUGUCCAACACUCAUCACCGCUUCAUCAUCAUCAGAAAGAAAGCUAGACGAGGUCGAUCCUAUUAAGUGUUCUCCAAGCUGUAUCCAAAACCCUCCUCCGCCGUCUCCUCCACCACCGUCUCCGCCGCCUCCAGCAUGUCCUCCACCGCCGGCUCUACCACCUCCUCCGCCGAAGAAAGUCAGUCCCAACUGCCCGCCUCCGCCGCCGACUAAUUUCUUGUACAUCACGGGUCCGCCGGGAAAUCUUUACCCCGUUGAUGAGCAGUUCGGAGCGGCUGCCGGAAAAAGCUUUACGGUGGUGAAGCUCUCCGGCUUGAUCGCGUUUGGGAUUAUGGGGUUCUUGAUUCUUUGAAAUUAACAUGAUCGGUCGGAGAAGAAAAUAUUUGAAGAUCUGCGGUAAUUUGGUAUAUGUUGUCAGAUACUUUUUUUUUUUAAUUAGUUGUUUAAAGAAACGUUAUUGAUCGAUGAUUAAUAAUUUUUAAUUGCUAGGAUUACAUAUGUUUUCAUCAUAUUUUUCCUAUAUCAAAAAUUUUC